GCAACAAUACAACAGAGCAAGCUCCCCCUUUGCCUUCCACGCGUAACUGCUCCCUUUGCCGCCCACCAUCGCUGGCCCUCACUGACCCUUUCUAACCCUCGCCGGACAUCCUUGCCGCCUCUUGCCGCCCAACAACUCCUCCAGCAGUGGUGGCUGCAACAGUAAGACUUAUGGAUUAAUGUUGAUAAUCUUCCACAAUCCCAGCAUCAAGAAAAGAUGACUAACCAUUUCCAACUGUGAAGUUGAGGAAGACUACAAGUUCUCUGCAAUUAUAAAUGAAGAUCUCUUCACAAUGGCCUGUUUUGCCUUCCCUACAACGAAGGUCGAUCUUCAUCCCGAGCAAACUCCAUUGCAGCAGCCUAAAGAAGAAGGACAAUCCACGACUUAAAACUGAUUGGAUACCAAUUUCUCUGUCACUAUUUGGUUCGGGCUUCUUCUUAGGUCCCCUCAUUGACGGUCUCCAUUCGCGGGUCAAUUUUGUUGUUUAUCAAAGUGGUUCAGUUCACAUUGGUCCUCUGCACACCAACAUUUGGGUUCCUUUUCUACUGGGAGUAUUCUACUGCACUGUUGGAAUACUGCAACUCUAUUUAGAUGAAAGAGCUUUCCCCAAUGGUACUAAAGAAGGAAGCUUUAAGAAAACAGUUGUCUCACUAAUAUCAUUGGUGGCUUUUAUCGAACUGAGUGCUGAGAUGUAUAGAUCAGGUGUGCCAGCCAAUGUAGAAGCCUAUGUGUUGUUUGCAGCAGCAGAAUUCAUAUGGUUUCUUGCUGAUAGGACAUGGUUCGGGUUUGCCCUUGCUUGCAUUAUAGGCACUGCUUGCCCACUAGCUGAGAUACCAAUAAUGAAGUAAGGCUACUACAACUUGUUAGCAUCUUUAACAAAAGUAUAUGGGAAUGUUUGGCAAUUGGCUGUUGACUCUUGGCGGGUGCUUAAAUUUCUCAUCAUCCAACUUGUUACAUUCAAUGGAAGAACUCGAGAUAUUAACAACUUUUCCCUGUUAUGAAAUGAAUGUAUAAUAUCAUGAAUUAAGCAACAUCAAUAAUCUACAAGAUGUACCAUGUAUCAUGUAUGUACAACAGAUUGUUUACAAAGAUGUAGUGAUGUAACUAACCACUUAUAUAGCAAACUGCAGACCUGAAAA